AUGCGCACCCAGCCGACGCGCUCCCGACUACUCGCCGCUGUCGCCCUCCUCUCAUUCACGGCAACCUCGGUCCUCGGCGCAGCGCUCCCCGGCCACGACGUGCACCAGCUCGCGAGGCGCGCCAACAGUGAUCCACGGCUCAGCGGCGUGACGCGCAUCGAGGACGGGCAGGUCGAGGGCAUCGAGCAGCUCCUGAACCGCACGGCGACCAAGAGCUGGGAGAUCGGCACACACCUCGCGGCGCUCCUCGAGCUGUCGUACCCGGCCCUGUCGCCCUUUGCCGACUCGACCUCGUGGGCCCGACCCUCGCCCUCGUCGUCACCUGCGCCGACCGAGAUCCUGAGCAACGUCGCCCAGAUCCUCGAGAACCAGCCGUCAGGACAACAGCAGCUCGUCAGCGACGGGAGCGCCGCCGACCCGGCCUCGGUCGGGCCUUUUGUGGUCCUGGCCAACUUUACGCUCGACGGCGACGAGCAGAUCGGCGGCAGGAGCAAGGCGCAGGUCGACGACGCGGUCCAGCGCCAGGUCGACGUGCUCAUGAACGGCACGCCGAGAACGCCCGACGGCGCCAUCUCGCACCGCACCGAGGACGUCGAGCUCUGGAGCGACUUUAUGUACAUGGUUCCACCUUUCUUCGCCUACCUCGGCGCCGUCACGCUCAAUUCUACGCUCCUCACCGAGGCCUACACCCAGUGCGCCCUGUACCGCACCCACCUGCGCGACGAGCGCACCAACCUGUGGCGCCACAUCGACAACUCGUUCCCGGGCGGCGGCGGGCGCGCCGACCCGGGCCUGUGGGCGACGGGCAACGGCUGGGCGAGCUACGGCCUGUUGCGCGUGCUCGCGACGGUCGUCAACCACCCGGACGACGGCGUCGUGCAGCAGUUUGCGAGCCAGAGCCGCGACUUGGCGGCGUGGGCGGGCGAGAUCAUCGAGGGCACGUGGGCUCAGCCGAGGACGAGCCAGGGCCUGCGGCACAACUACCUCAACGAGUCACGGUCGUUCGGCGACGCGAGCGGGACGGCGCUCCUGUCGGCGGCCACGUUCCGCCUGUCGCUCCUGUCGCGGCGGUUCUCGACGGCGGCCGUCAACCUGACGGCGCCGUCGUCGCUCGCGCUCGCGAGCGCCGAAAACUCGUACCGCGCGCUCGUGCCGGCCCGCAUCUCGUUGGCAGGCGUCGUGAGCCCCGUCGUCGACCCCAUGUCGUUCCGCGAACAGCUCGAGGGCGUCAAGGCCGACGGGUCGGGCAGGUCGAGCCCCGAGGCGGGCGCGUUCGUGCUCCUUCUCGAGGCGGCGAGGCGCGACUGGGUCGACGAGAACGGCGGCACGGAGCCGUCGGCGGUCGAUGCGGGCGUCGACGGCAUGUGGUCGGCGACGGCGGGUCGGGAGCAUCGUCUCGGUGCGGGAGGGGUGGCGGUCGUGCUCGCGGCGGCGCUGGCGCUGGUCGUCGGCGCGUGA